AUGGAGAUGGACCCCGCACCGAAGCAGGCGACCCGACGCCGGACACCAAGACAGCUGGAAAGAAAGAGAGAGGUAGACAAGCAGACGCAGAGAAUUAAACGCGAGUCGGAUAAGGACCGAUUAAUCCAAAUCCAGGCCGAUGUUCAGGCAAUUAAACGGCAGAUGGAUAGCCUCCAGAAAUCCAUGGCAAUGAUUCUCAAUGGGUGGCACAAUCUGCACGAUACACAUCUCGGUGGCCAUCCACCCCAAUCCUCAAUAUCCCCGCCGGUGGACAUGCUCACCCCGCCGGAUGGCAAUACCACAGGUACGGGAGGAGAUUCGAGCUCCAGCUCCAGCGACCUGACGUCGAAUCCGGUGCACGACUCGUAUGCAGACUGCUUCGAGCAUACCGUCUACGAUGCGUUGAUCGAAGCGCAGGCUCAACCUCGGGCACCACCCAUCCCGCGGAGUCCAUCCCUUCCUGACCUCCUUUUCAUGGGAGAAGGGGAGAACGUUGUAUCCCGGAUUUUAAUAAAAAUGUUGAUGCGAGAGGGCUUUUACGGUAUGGAUUACCGUCUUUCGCCAUCUCUUGAAACCCUCCAGGACGUACCGGAAUGGCUUCAACCGACUGAAAUACAAAAUAACACGCCCCACCAAAUCUUUACCGACUUUGUGCCAUUCCCUCGAUUGCGCAACGCCAUGAUUUCGGGCUCUGUUGAGUAUACGCGGGAAAAGUUCGAUAUUGACUACGGCAGGUCUGUCUCGGUCAACUGGCCUAGCUGGAAGCCUUUACUUGUUAGCAACGACUCCUUCGAAGUGGUUCUAAACCCGGAUUUUGAGCCACACAUUCUCAAUUCUAGUAACUGGUCGCUCGAUGCGGACUUUGCGCGAAGCGUUCAAGAUGCUGUUUCGGCUCGGCAAUAUCUGAACCCGAAAGUCUGGGGAAAAUCCGGGAUCCGAGUGUAG